AGUGAAGGAAGAGGAAGACGAAGGGGGAAGAUGUCUGAGAGCCAAGGCGAGGCGCGAAACGAGAUGCCGGCGAAAAAACAGAAAUUGAGCAGCGAUGAAAAUAGUAAUCCCGAUCUUUCGGGUGACGAAAAUGAUGAUGCUGUCAGCAUCGAGAGUGGGACAAACAUGGAGCGCCCUGACACACCCACCAACACGCCCAAUGCCCCCGGCAGGAAGAGCUGGGGCAAGGGCAAAUGGAAAUCCAAAAAGUGCAAAUACUCCUUUAAGUGUGUCAACAGCCUGAAGGAGGACCAUGGCCAGCCCCUGUUUGGAGUGCAGUUUAACUGGCACAGUAAAGAAGGGGACCCCCUGGUCUUUGCCACUGUGGGAAGCAAUAGGGUGACUCUGUAUGAAUGUCAUUCCCAAGGAGAGAUCCGCCUCCUUCAGUCCUAUGUGGACGCUGAUGCGGAUGAAAAUUUCUACACCUGCGCCUGGACCUUUGACACCAGCACCAGCCACCCGUUACUGGCUGUGGCCGGGUCACGCGGCAUCAUACGCAUCAUCAACCACAUCACCAUGCAGUGCAUCAAGCACUAUGUGGGACACGGGAACGCAAUCAACGAACUGAAGUUUCACCCCCGAGAUCCCAACCUCCUGCUGUCCGUCAGCAAGGAUCACGCCCUGCGUCUGUGGAACAUCCAGACGGACACCCUGGUGGCUAUAUUCGGGGGCGUGGAGGGUCACCGAGACGAAGUCCUCAGUGCGGACUUUGACCUUCUUGGGGAGAAGAUCAUGUCGUGUGGGAUGGAUCACUCCCUCAAGCUGUGGAGGAUCAACUCUGAGAGGCUGCAGCGAGCCAUCCGUGGCUCGUACGAGUACAACCCCAGCAAGACAAACAGGCCAUUUGUCUCCCAGAAGAUCCACUUCCCAGAUUUUUCCACACGGGACAUUCACAGGAACUAUGUGGACUGUGUCCGCUGGUUGGGGGACCUGAUCCUGUCCAAGUCAUGUGAGAAUGCCAUUGUGUGCUGGAAGCCAGGCAAGAUGGAGGAUGAUAUUGACCGCAUCAAGCCUAAUGAGUCAAACGUGACCAUUCUCGGGCGCUUUGACUACAGCCAGUGUGACAUCUGGUACAUGCGCUUCUCCAUGGACUUCUGGCAGAAGAUGCUGGCUCUCGGGAACCAGGUGGGGAAGUUGUAUGUGUGGGACCUGGAGGUGGAGGAUCCCCACAAAGCCAAGUGCACCACUCUUACCCUUCCCAGGUGCACCUCCGCAAUCCGGCAGACUAGCUUCAGCCGUGACAGCAGCAUUCUGAUCGCCGUGUGUGACGACGCCUCCAUCUGGCGCUGGGACCGGCUACGCUGAUUGGCCUCCACUGCUGGGAGAAGCUCCGCUGACUGGCUGCUGCAAGGUCAUAUGAUCAGGGGGUUGCCCUGGUUCCAGGAUCCAUAGCCCUCAGACCAGAGAUCUGUGGCAUUUUUUGUAAACUUGGAUGAUU